AUGAAGGUGAAGAAGAGCGGCGGGGCUGGGGGGGCGGCGGCGGCCAGGACCGAGGAGGAGCUGGGCCGAAAGGCGCUCAUCGGGCCCGACGAUGUGCUGGGGCUGCAGCGGGUCACCAGCGAUUAUUUGUGCACUCCUGAGGAAAAUGUUUACAAGAUAGACUUCACCAGGUUCAAAAUCCGGGACAUGGAAUCUGGCACAGUCUUGUUUGAAAUCACCAAGCCAGCAGCUUCAGAGCGGGAGCACAAUGACAGGAAGGACGUGGACCCCAACGCCGGACGCUUCGUGCGCUAUCAGUUCACGCCCGCCUUCCUCAGACUGCGGCAAGUGGGAGCCACGGUGGAAUUCACAGUAGGGGACAAACCCAUUAAUAAUUUCCGUAUGAUCGAGCGGCACUACUUCCGUGACCAGCUGCUGAAAAGUUUUGAUUUUGAAUUUGGCUUCUGCAUCCCCAGCAGUAAAAAUACUUGUGAGCACAUCUAUGAAUUUCCCCAGCUCUCGGAGGAUCUCAUUCGAGAGAUGAUCCUGCACCCCUACGAGACACAGUCGGACAGUUUCUACUUUGUAGACAACAAGCUGGUGAUGCACAACAAGGCAGAUUAUUCAUACAGUGGAGGACCUUGAGCCUGGGCUGGAUGGCUUCCUCUUCUUCCUCCCCUUCCCUCUGGAAGUCGUCAGGGAUCCCAACACCUCCAGCUCCUGCAGUGUCACCUGGACAAGGAUCCACCCACCAAGGACUCUUUGCCACAGUAGGAGUUUCAUGACAUCUCUCUUGAGCUCUGAAGCAGACCCGGUUCUUCAGAAGUUUUUGAGCUAAAAAUGAUCUUUGGAUACCACUUCCCUAAGUUCUUUUAAGUGUCUGCUUUGAAAAUGGCCUUGUGGGACCUGAGGGGUUUUGCCCUGAUUCUGUGAAUUUAUGUUCUUGCCCUUGAGUAUCUUUUAGGAUUGCUUUCCCAAAGAAUGUAAUCAGAGAAAACCAUGGGAGUGGAUGGAUGCAAAGGCAGAGGUUUGGGUGGUUGUUUCUCUUUGUGGAUGCUUCAAAGGCCAAUUUAACUUGUCCAGCCUGUUGAAAAUAUCGAGCAAAACAUCUCACAAAGGCAAGUUUCAUCUUUAGACUGGCUCUCUCCAUGAGUGUUUCAUCCUUUAGUUUCAGUCCUUCUGGGUAAUGUUCUGUUUAACCUUGGCAACACCUAAACCUGCAAUGAAGAGCAAUAGUUCAGUGACAGAGCUGUGUUAAUUGGGUGUUUUUACAUUUACAUUCCUUUUACAUUUCAGAUGAAGGUAAAAUGGCAUUGUGGGUCUAUGAACCUCCCUAAGUACAUUCCAUUGAUUUCAGUUUUUUUUUCAGAAAAAUCAGUAAAAACAGAAGGAUUUUAGCUUUAUUUAACAUUUUUGCUUUAUUUAACAUUCAGCCUUUUCAUGCCACACAUUUCCCAUUUCUAUUUUUUGCAUCUCUGCUCGAUACCAAGAUAAGGACUUCAGUACUGUUUGUUAGAGCAACAUUUUAAUUGUCUAGGGCAGCUGGGUGGUGUGAAAUUUCCAAUUUUCUAUGUGUAUCUGUAUUUAGAGGAGGUUAAGACAGCAUUUCCCCUUUUGUUAAAAACAUUUCUCAUCAGAUAAUAAUACAGGUGAAGCUAAAUCUAAUAAUCUACAACUUUAACACACAGCAAAACAUUUAGCAAGAGUUCUCUCUUCUCUUCUGGAAGAAGUUUAACACCAAUUUAGCCCAAGAAACAGCAACACCAAGAAUAAACAGGGGUGACCUGUUGUCAUGAAACCCUUACUCUGAAAGUCAGUUCACUGAUACUUAAAAAAUUAAAAAAAAGAAAAAAAAACCAACAAAAAAUAAAAGACAGUUGCAGUCUGUAGAUAUUUCUAUAAAUACUUGAUGUCUCCAUGUCUAAUUCUGUGAGUUGAAGUGGAACAUUCUAUGUUAGCCUCAGAUAGGUGUAAUAAUUGUAAUAAUUUUUAUAAAAAUACCAUUUCCAGUCGUGAUGAGCAUCUCUGUAGUCGCAGCCUGUGUCAGACAGGACAAACAAUUCCAAGUGUAGCCUCAGGCCAGGGAGGUUUUUGUGCUCUCGUUGGGGUUGUGGUCACUUUUCAGUGUGUCACCAUUUGUGUUUGGCUUGGCUUUUUUGGCUGCUGAGAGAGGAGGCAGUUUAAAAAAAAAAAUAAAACCCAGUGAUUUUAGGUUACAGCACAGUUUUUAUUAAGCUUGGUAGCUACAAAAGUGUGUCAAGUUCACUGAUUUUACACAAGGAGUAUCUUGUAGUGAUUCUUAUCACAGUGAGACUUGUAUUUAUCACUAUUUUUUGUCUCUAGUGUAUUAAAUCAUACAAAUAGCCUACAGCUGACUGAUCAGUUUGAGAGAUACAAAGGAUUUCCUCAUUAUUUGUGCAGUACUUUGAGCAACUGACCAUUAAUUUUAUAGCAGAGUGAUUACUAAAGAUGGAAAUAGGUUCAAAAAUGUUUUCAUUCCUCCCCCAAUUUAUUUUUUUUAUCAGGGCUGUUAAAUCAUAUAUCCAAUGACAUUUUGCAAGUUUUAAGUAUUUCUGAGCUUUGUUUCAAUUUGCAGGAGAAAAAAAAGCUAAUUUAAAGACAAAAUAGAAUGAAUAUUUAUAAUUACCACCCUGUACAGGGUUUUUUGGGGGGGUUAUUUUUCACCUGCUGUUCAUAACAGCCACUUCAGUGACUAUAAGAUUUUAAAAAAACUUUUAGGAAUUGAAUUUGCCCAGAAUUGCCAGUCAUCUAUUUAAUAUGUUGUGAUGAGAUCAGUUGUA